AUGCACACGCCCUUCUUCCUGGCAGUCGGCUUCCGCAAACCGCACCUGCCCUUCCGCUUCCCCGCGCCCUUUCUGGCGCUCGUCGAGGGUGACGUGGCGGCGCACCCCACGCUGAGCCCGACAGUGCCGCCGAUUGCGCACCACGACGCUUCACGCGCUCGCGGCCUGUACUCGCGCUCCAGGCUCGUCGCGCUGCACUCGGACCACGGCUGGUCGCUGGGCGAGCACGGCGAGUGGCAAAAGUUCAGCAAUUUUGAGCAUGGCACGCGCGUGCCGCUCAUCAUGCGCGCGCCGUGGGUGCGGGAGAGCGUGGGGACGAGGAGCUCCGUGCUCGCCGAGCUGAUCGACAUCUUUCCCACCAUGGCCGAGCUCGCGGGCGCUCCGCUCGACCCACAAACGGCGGCCAGUCUCGACGGCACCUCGCUCGCGCCCGUGCUGCGCGCGCCAGCUGAUGCGGCGCUCGCGAGGGCGCUCAAACACCGUGCGCUCUCGCAAUACAUGCGCUGCCCGCGCGACGCGGCGCAGCCCCAGAAGGCGAACGACUGCCUCUUCACCGACCGCUCGCAGAUCGCAUUCAUGGGGUACACGGUUCGAACGCACACCCACCGCUUCACCCAGUGGGCGGCGUGGAACGGCUCCAGCUUGCGGUCCGUCUGGCAGCAGCCGCGCUGGCCCGACAUUGGCGAGGAGCUGUACUCGCACGUCGGCGACGACGGCUCUGAUUUUGACCGCUACGAGAACAAGAACUGUAAUGCCAGCGAGCCCAACGUGGCCGCGGCGCUGCGCGUGCUCCUGCACGAGGCAGUCGCGAACGGGAGCGCAAAGGCACGGGUGGACCUUGUCCUUGUACCUUGA